AUGGGAGAAGACAACAAUCAGAACUCCCAAGGUUUACACUCGGAACCGGUGAAGGGAAGAAGAGGGGAAUCUCCAGAUGAAAAAAUGGCGAAUAAUUGGGAUAAGGAGGAGCGAGUGAGUAGUGAAAGCAGGAGUGGUUGUGCCGUUGGGAACAGUUCAAGAAACGAAUCAAAAGCAUCUGAAUUGGAAACCCUAACCUCCGUACAACUGUCUCAGGCUGCUUUAGCUGAUUUUGAUGAAUCCUCUCACCGUUUGUCAGAGGUUCCAGUGGAGUACUCUCUCCAACCGAUACAAUCAGAUGAAAAAUUGAAGGAACAAUCAAAAGCAGUGCACGAUAAGUCUCUUGAAAGUGUUACCGGUGUAGCUUCAGAGGUUCAGAGAUCAGUACCUAAUGAUCCUUCAGUGUCACCUGAAUCUUUUGCUAAGUCUGUUUCCUCUAUUCCGAAUUUGUUUCUGGUAAAGGAUGGGAACAAAACUAGCAUUUCAGAAGGGGACAAGCAGAACUCUCCGGGUUCCAAACCUUUACCUAUUAGAACUGUGCUGAAAACUUCUGACGGGUACAAUUGGCGCAAAUACGGUCAGAAGCAAGUGAAGAGUCCGGAAGGCUCGCGUAGCUAUUACCGAUGCACGUUCUCCGACUGUUAUGCCAAGAAGAUCGAGUUUUGUGAUCCUUCUAACCAUCUCAUAGAGACAGUUUACAGAAGCCACCACAAUCACGAUUCUCUUCAGAAAGUAGAUUGCACGAAAGAAAGUUUACCAGCAUUACCUUCUGUUCCAUUUAGUGGGGACAAUGAUUCAUUUCGUCCAGUGGUAAGUUCAAAUGAUCCAGUGAAAGAUAAUAUGUUAAAACAAUCUAUACCUCGACCUAGUGAGAUGCGUGAGACAAGGAAGCAGGAGUCAAAUGAUUCUGUUGAGACCACAGAAGUCAAUAUGGAGGAGUAUGUUGAUGGAGCAGAAUGUAGAAAAAGGCAAAAGAGAAAGUCUUCUGAUGAUCUGGAAUCCAUGCCUAAACCUGGAAGUGGAAGGAAACCCAAAUAUGUUGUUCAUGCAGCUGGUGAUGUUGGAAUAUCAGGAGAUGGUUACAGAUGGCGCAAGUAUGGGCAGAAAAUGGUGAAGGGUAAUCCUCAUCCAAGGAACUACUACAGAUGCACCUCAGCUGGCUGUCCUGUUCGGAAGCACAUCGAGGGGGCCGUUGAUAACACAAAUGCUGUAGUAAUAACAUACAAGGGAGUGCACGAUCACGACACACCAGUUCCUAGAAAGCGUGAUGGCCCAAAGAGUAGUGUGGUUGCUGAUUCUCCUAUUAUCCCGGACAAUAUGCUGUACAAGGGAAACCAGUCUCAUAAUGGUCAAACCAAGUGGUCGGUGGACAAAGGAGAUGAAUUGAUGGGUGAGCCCCUCAAGGUGGUUGGUGAGAAAGCAUCUGAGCCGGCGAGAACACUCGUGGGCAUUGGGAUUCAGAUCAAGCCUUGCUGA